AAGGGCGCAAUUCUUCAAGAUAGUUGUCCCACUUCCUUUUUACCUGGACAGGGAUCAUUAGCAUCGCCCUUUCGAGGAACGUAUGCCUGCAGUAUUUUAGGCCAUUUUGACCCAGUACUCAAGUUGGUUCUUUUUUAAAAAAACAUUUCUAUCGCGACGGUGGAGACAUGGCGGACUGGAAGGCUCAGAUAAGCUACAACUAUAAUCCUUCUUACCACGCAUACGCUUACAGCCUCAUGUACCAACCCGGUCCGGAACAGAACCAUGGGAACAUGGCCAACUGGGGAGAAGCGCCCGCAGUCACGGAUUCGAGCAACUUCAACGCCGGUGGAUCUGUCUUCACAGCCAGGGCUCGGGAAGAGUCUCCACCUGGUAGCCCGGAGCUGCACACCAUGAACGGCCACGGUCACUACCAGGGCUCGGAGGUGUGUUACCUGGGUGACUCCCAAGCAGGCCGUCUGCUGCUGGCCGGACCACAGCGGGCUGAGUACGAUGCUCGGCAACAUGAGGUCAGGCGGGCCGGGAGCGACACAGCCAGUGACUCGGAGGCACACACUUCACCAGAUUCCUGGAGUUCUGGGAGCAGCAGAGAAGGGAGUCUUCCCCAGGCGGACCCUGCUACAUGGGCAAAGAAAGAGCUUGAGGAUGAGGUGAUUUGCAGGAGCCCUGAUGCCAGAGAGGCUGUUUCCAGCACUCUAAUGGAUGAGCCCAGGACCUUUCCUGUCAGUAGGAACGUGUGCACAACCGACACCCAACAUGCACCCUUGAUUGCCCCAAAGAUGCCAAGCACUGCUGCUGCAAAUACCCCUAAAGGAAAGGUCCGCUCUGCCUUCUCUGAGAGUCAGAUGAAUGCUCUUGUCCAGCGCUUCAGUGUUCAGAGGUACCUCACACCAGCGGAAAUGAAGAACGUUGCAGAACUGACUGGGUUGUCCUAUAAACAGGUUAAGACUUGGUUUCAGAACCGGAGGAUGAAGCUGAGGAGGCACCAGAAGGACACGAGCUGGGUCUCUGAGCGCUACAACAGAAGCAGCCCGACUCGUGGACCCAUGUACACCAAUAUGCCACCACACAUCCCACCUUAUCAGGGAGAAGCCCGGCCCCAGCUGAAGGAGCAUUACAACCAGCACAUGAUAGAGACAGCCUUUAAAAAGACGACUCCUCAGAACCUCGCCUUCUAUCUGGCCGCUAUGAACUCUGCUGCUGGAUCUGCGGGAUACCCCGGCUGGUCCCCUGGCUCGUCCCAGACCGCAGUGCCCCCCAGGCCCCAGGCGGUGGGCUGGACCAUGCCUCCUGGAGUCAACCACUAUGAGUAUAACCCCAUGGCAUUCAACCCCGCCAGCGCCGCCCCAGUAAAUAACACUGGGCAUGACACGAGCUUCGAAAGCAAAGGCGGGGAACCUGUGGACACCCGUGGCCCAAUCAUGGUUCAUAAUGCCGGCCAGUAGUUGUUGGGUUGCCGAGUUUAUAUGCUUUUUCUGUAAUGGUUACCCAAAAGCCCUGUUUAUAUUCUAUUUCCUCACUGGAGGUCUUUUUGCAUGGUCGAGUGUACAUAUACCUUGUUCAUACUCCCGUUCAAAAGUAUUUUACCAAGUUUUAUUUUUUAUAUACAACUAUUUAACGUUUGUUGGUGUGUGUGUUCUUUGCGCUUUGUGAUGCCAGUUGGGUCCAAAUUGGAUGCAUUCUUGUAUUUUUUUGGAACUGUUUUAAAGCCAAGUACUGAAAGAUCUGCUGUGCACACAUUUUUCUAUUAAAGCCAGUUUCAUUUUAGUAA